GAAGGAAAAGAAAAAGUGGAAAACGAUGGGGGAGGAAGAAUAACAGCUCAUCCCGAUGGUCAAAGAAGCUCCUGCAAUUCUAAUUUGUUAAAUAUAAACCCUAAACCCUGACUUCGAAUUAGAGCCCCAGUUUCUCUGAACUAUUUAUUGUACAUAGUAAUUCAAUGGGUUCUUCAGAGAUUGAAGUAGUAUCGUCGGACUCAAAGGCGCAACAGAAUCCAAGCGAAUUGCUCGUGAUCGAUGUUUACUCUGCUUCUGCUUACGGGGACCUUGAGAAAUUGAGGAAAUUUGUCGAGGAAAAUGGUGCAUCUCUGUCUACACCCGAUAACAAUGGUUACUACGCUCUUCAAUGGGCCGCUCUUAACAAUUUCGCUGAUAUCGCACAGUAUAUCAUUGAGCACGGGGGGAAGGUCAAUGCGGUGGACAACAUGCAGCAGACGGCUUUACAUUGGGCAGCAGUUAAAGGUUCGGUCGCUGUAGCGGACGUGCUUUUGCAGAAUGGAGCUCGAGUUGAGGCAACUGAUGCAAAUGGAUACCGGCCGGUUCAUGUUGCUGCUCAAUAUGGACAAACAACUUUCUUAAAUCACAUUGUUGCGAAGUAUCAUGCUGACUAUGAUGCUCCUGAUAAUGAAGGGAGGAGUCCACUUCAUUGGGCUGCAUACAAGGGAUUUGCAGAUACAAUCAGAUUACUUCUAUUUAGAAAUGCAUGCCAAAGCAGGCAAGAUAAAGAAGGUUGUACUCCUUUGCACUGGGCUGCUCUUAGAGGAAAUUCAGAGGCUUGCACUGUGCUUGUACACACAGGGACAAAGCAGGAACUAAUGAUGAAAGAUAAAGCUGGAUUUACUCCUAUCCAAACUUGCGUCUGAUAAAGGUCAUCGGCAAAUCGCCCUUCUCCUUUCUAAUGCACAACGAGCUCAUAGCAAUAACUGGGUGCACAAGAUUUGCGCUGGGGGGAUGGGAGAUAUAGGCUACGCUCCAAUCUUAUUUUCUGUUAUUGUCUUUCUUAUGAUCCUCUUCAUCAACUCAAUUAUUGCAGGUGAAAUAGUUAGGUUAUUUA